GGGGCUAUGUGGAAUCCAGCAGGAGGUCUGCUGUGUUAGCACCAGGAACUCUCCCUGGGGAAGCGGGUCAGAGCCUCAAGCCCCAGCGCAGCCCUGCCUGCCCUCCUUCUGAUGUCCAGAGGAAGCCAGACCUCGUCCUUGGAAGCCAUGGGCCCCUCCCACUCUGCGGUCCUGUCCAUGAUGAAGCUCGGUUUGUGGUGGCUCCUUCUGAUCCCGGCAGGGUCGACACAGCGAGCCUCCCCUCCCCAAGCAGAGGACCGCCUCUUCAAACACCUCUUCAGGGGCUACAACCGCUGGGCACGGCCGGUGCCCAACACCACGGACGUGGUGAUCGUGCGCUUUGGGCUGUCGAUUGCCCAGCUCAUCGAUGUGGAUGAGAAGAACCAAAUGAUGACCACCAACGUCUGGCUAAAGCAGGAGUGGAAUGACUACAAGCUGCACUGGAACCCGGCUGACUUCGGCAACAUCACAUCCCUCCGGGUCCCUUCGGAGAUGAUCUGGAUCCCUGAUAUUGUCCUCUACAACAAUGCAGAUGGAGAGUUUGCGGUGACCCACAUGACCAAGGCCCACGUCUUCUCCACGGGCACCGUGCACUGGGUGCCCCCCGCCAUCUACAAGAGCUCCUGCAGCAUCGACGUCACCUUCUUCCCCUUCGACCAGCAGAACUGCAAGAUGAAGUUUGGCUCCUGGACCUACGACAAGGCCAAGAUCGACCUGGAGCAGAUGGAGCAGACGGUGGACCUGAAGGACUACUGGGAGAGCGGAGAGUGGGCCAUCAUCAACGCCACUGGCACCUACAACACCAAGAAGUACGACUGCUGCGCAGAGAUCUACCCAGACGUCACCUACUACUUCGUCAUCCGGCGCCUCCCGCUCUUCUACACCAUCAACCUCAUCAUUCCCUGCCUGCUCCUCUCCUGCCUCACCGUGCUCGUCUUCUACCUGCCCUCGGACUGCGGCGAGAAGAUCACGCUCUGCAUCUCCGUGCUGCUCUCGCUCACCGUCUUCCUCCUGCUCAUCACCGACAUCAUCCCCUCCACCUCCCUGGUCAUCCCGCUCAUCGGCGAGUAUCUGCUCUUCACCAUGGUCUUUGUCACGCUCUCCAUCGUCAUCACGGUCUUUGUCCUCAAUGUCCACCACCGCUCCCCCAGCACCCACACGAUGCCCCACUGGGUGCGAGUGACCUUUCUGGGCUGUGUACCCCGGUGGCUGCUAAUGAGCCGGCCCCUGCCCUCCUUGGAGCCCCAGUACCCCCCAGAUCUGAAGCCCGGCUCCUCCUACCACUGGCUGGAGACCAACGUGGAUGCGGAUGAGAGGGAGGAGGAGGAGGAAGACAGAUGGGUGUGGGCAGCCCAGUCCUUGCCCCGCCUGGGUGUCCUCUGCAGCCAUGGUGGUCAACACCAUGGGGCUUCGGGUCCCAAGGCAGACCCCCGGUGGCAGCAGGGUGGGCUUCUGCUGUCACCUCGCAUACAGAAGGCGCUGGAAGGUGUGCGUUAUAUCGCCGAUCACCUGAGAUCUGAGGAUGCUGACUCUUCGGUCAAGGAAGACUGGAAGUAUGUGGCCAUGGUCAUUGAUAGGAUAUUCCUCUGGUUAUUUAUCGUCGUCUGCUUCCUGGGGACAGUUGGACUCUUUCUGCCUCCGUACCUGGCUGGAAUGAUCUGAUCUCCUGUCCCUUGCUUGGACCCAAAGGUGACACUGCUGACCAUCUUUAACCACCACUCCCUCUAGUACAACGUCGGGUUCAAGGCCAUCCGACUGCAAGCACCUCUCUGUGGAGUCCCUACACUGGCCCCGUCAUGGAAGACUCCUUGGGUCAAUUCACUGAACUUAUUGUACUGUGUGCUGAGAAUCUGCCAGGCACAGAGCCCAGUUUUGGAUGCUGGGCAACUAGGAAGUGAGGAACUUGCUCUGCAGAAGGUUACAAUAUGGUGAUGACAAUGUGAAACCAUGUAAGUUUCUCCUACAGGAGCCCUGAAGACGCUGAGUAACAGGAGGACCACGAGGGGGCAAUCCAGGGGGCAGAUGCACAGA